UCCUAGGACGGGGUGGAAGCGACACAAGACAUACAUCGUUUGUUGCCUCUCGAGAGGAAACACGGAGUGGAUAAUUACACGAGAGGGGUUUGUUUGUCACGGUGGCAACAUCUUAAACGGAAUAUCUCGAGUGGUACCCUACUGUGACCUUUAUGUGAGGUCAAAGCCCUAAAGGAACGGGUCAUAGACGGGAGGAGAGACUCGGAGAAAAGUAUCUGGCCACAGCAGCCUGGAUAAGUGUUUUUAUUUUUUAUUCAGUCCCUGAAACACAACUACAGCCAAGCAGUUUUCCGGCACGCAACCAGCACCAUGGAGGCCAUUGCCAAAUACGAUUUCAAAGCCACUGCUGAUGAUGAGCUUAGUUUCAAGCGUGGAGAAGUCCUCAAGGUAUUAAAUGAAGAGUGUGAUCAGAACUGGUACAAGGCAGAGCUAAAUGGAAAAGACGGCUUCAUCCCCAAGAAUUACAUAGAGAUGAAAGCUCAUCCGUGGUUUUUCGGGAAGAUUCCCCGGGCCAAAGCAGAGGAGAUGCUAAACAAACAGAGGCACGACGGGGCCUUCCUCAUUAGAGAGAGCGAGAGUGCACCAGGAGACUUCUCUCUCUCUGUGAAGUUUGGAAAUGACGUCCAGCACUUCAAGGUUCUUCGUGACGGGGCCGGAAAGUAUUUCCUAUGGGUGGUGAAGUUUAACUCGCUCAAUGAGCUAGUGGACUACCACCGCUCCACCUCAGUCUCCCGUAAUCAGCAAAUCUUUCUGCGAGACAUAGAGCAGGUCCCCCAGCAUCCCACAUACGUGCAGGCACUCUUUGACUUCGACCCCCAGGAGGAUGGAGAGCUGGGUUUCCGACGCGGCGACUUCAUCCAGGUCCUGGACAACUCCGACCCCAACUGGUGGAAAGGCGGUUGCCACGGUCAGACGGGCAUGUUCCCCCGCAACUACGUCACACCCGUCAAUCGGAACAUGUAAACAGUCAGACCAUGUAAACAACAACAACAACAACAACAAACCGCAACCAUCACCAUCACCACCACCAUCAUCAUCAUCGUUCUUGAUCUCAUCAGCCCCCCAUCCAAAACCCCCAACCAACCAACCAACCAACCAACCAACCACCCCCUCCUCCUCCUCCUCCUCCUCCCCUCCUCUCGGCCAUCCCACGAUAACAGGAGCAGACAGGAAGAAUGCAAACAACUGAAAGUGAGAGAGAGAGAUAAAACAGGAGUAAUGCUGUCGUAGGCGGCGCUGUGUGGGUGGCAGCUGAGCAAAAAAAAAAAAAAAAAAAAAUCAACUUUAAACUCGCGCUGAGAACGUUCACCUCCCCAGUGAACGCCUCGGCGAGGAUUGAACUGUCUUUGAGGGAAAUGUAAAUGCAGAGAAACUUAAGUGUAGUGCACCAACCGUGAAGAUAACCAAAUGAUUCAACCGCUAGAAGUCCCACAGCUGCUUCUGUCUUCUCCUUUAACUUCUUAACAUUCUGCCUUUUUUUUUUCUUUUGUGUUUUUUUUUUCUUCUUUUUUUUUCUUUUUUUUUCGUUGCCGCAUGUUGUUUUUAAUCACCUAAAUGAAAUGCCUACCGGUAAAUCCUAACUGUUUUAAAGAAAAAAAGAGAGAAAAAUAUUGAGAAAAAAAAAAAAAAGAAGUGGUUUUAAAAAUGUACAAAAAAAAGAAGAGAGAAAAAAAAACUGAUGCCAUCUACAAGCAAGUUUCCAUGUGUAAGAUCAUUGGCACGUGAGCAUUGUACAUCAGCCUUUGGCUGUAUAAAUAAAUCAACUAUAGAGAGAAUCCAUUUUUUAAGAAUAUAUAUUAUAUAUUUGUAUGUGUUUGUCUGUUUUACCUCUCAUCACAAAAUGUAUUUUUUUUUUUCCAUUUGUAAAUUAUGUUCAAUCUUUUGUUAGUCUGGAUAAGACCUAGUAGCUCUAGAAUGUGCUGAAUUGUCAGUCUAUUUUCUUUUUUUUUUUUUUUUUUCUGAAUCUAUCUGAGGGCUCUCAGAUAAUAACAGCAUGACAUUUUAAGGGGUCAUAAAUUCCAUUUUGAGAAGGCUUCUCUCGCCUUAUGAUGCGAGAAAUGUCCAGUGGGUCCUCUGAGAAGAAACAAAGUCUGUCAGAAAGCUAAUGUUGACCAGCAAGUAGAGCCAUGAAUGCUGCAAAGAGCUGUUGUAUUACGAAGCCCUGUGUAAGGUCAGCCACCUUUUUGUUUCAAAGCCAAUGUAUUUAUUGCAGCCAUUUUACUUGGGCAGUGAAUGUAGCUGACUGAGUCCGUAGACAUUAACAUGAGGGAAGCACGGUCGGAGAACUGAACUACACAACCAUGCAAGGGAUUUAACAAAAAAACCAACACAAAGACAUGCUGAAAUAGUAAUGUUGUCAAUAUUCAUUCAUAAAGGGGUGUAUGAUGAUAAUGUACAGGUAGUUAACAUGCAUAUUCAAACACAUUCAUUACAUGCAUGCAUACGCAGAUGCUCGCCUCCUUUGUUAUACCUGCACGUAGCAAAGAGGCGGAGUUUGGAUAAUCACGUUGUGUAAUCACCAGUGCAGAUCUGCCACUGGCACAGAUUAACAGUUCAGAAAACUGAGAGAUUGUCUUUUAUGCUAAAAGUUGAGAGAUCAGCUUAAAUGAUGUAAAAGAUUUUUGUCCCCCCUCCCCCCCCUUUUUUUUCUUUUGUCCAAUGUGGCUAGUGUUAAAGCACUUUUUUUUUUCUUUUGUGUCAAAUUUUGAUUUCUGCUCUGGUCCAGUGUGUUUGUGUGUUUGUUUACCGUGUUUGUGUUAAUGGUUUCUGUUUUCUUGUUCUCUCUGGAUAGUGCCUUUCUCUCUGGUGUUUCAGUGUCUCCGACCUGCUACUUUGAGCCCCCCAUCCCACUCCUCCCUUUUCUGGGGCCUGCCAGUCCUACAGUGAGAAACAGUGUACAUAAUACAACCUGUCCCAUCCAACAACCCCACCCCCACUUAUCCCCUUCCCACAUCAACCCACCUCCACCUUUGUCCUCACCAACGUGGAACUCUUCUUAUUUAAGUGUCUCUCGCCUUGUCUUACCUAAUGAUACUGUUUUUUUGUUGUUUUUUUUUUGUUUUUGCUCUUUUUUUUAAAUUUGCAUUUGUUUUUUGUUUUUUUGUUUUUGUUUUGUUUUCAAUUAAUAAAAUGCAA